AUUGAUUAAUUGGAGAAGAAAGGGAAUAGAGAGGAGGAAAGGGACCAUUUCUCACAUAUAAAGUAUUCUCUACAACUUUCAGCUGCAAUAUCUUAUUAUCAUAUUCAAUCACUUCAUUGGGUCCUUCAAACUCUCCUUCAAAAACUGAGAUCUCUACAUCUUUUGCCCUCUCUUCAUCCAAUCAGCAGCUUCCUUACUUUCCCGUGAACCUGAAAACUACGCGAGAUGACUCUGAUGAGACUUAUGGCACGCAGUGACUGGCACAGUCUCGGUUUUUGCUCUGUUGUUGCUCGUUCAUGCGAGAGAGCGAUCGAAUGUCGAUACCCCACUUGUUCAGAUGCCCAAUCAGUCUAGAACUCUUCACAGAUCCGGUCACCCUGUGCACGGGACAGACCUAUGAGAGGUCCAGCAUAGAAAAAUGGCUGUCAGCUGGUAACCUCACGUGCCCCGUCACAAUGCAGAGGCUCCAUGACCCUUCAUUAGUCCCAAACCACACUCUCCGGCACCUGAUCGAUCAGUGGGCACGCAUGGGCCUGCAUUUAGACCCUCAUUGCGUCCAUGGAACUGACCCCGACCCUUCCCUUGUGCUGCUUAGACAGAACCUCGAAUCUGAUCAAAUGACCAUUGCAAGCAAGAUUAAGACUCUAAAAAAGGUCAGAGCCCUCUUCGAAGAGUCUCCACAUAUUCGCUCUCAUUUUCUCCAGCUCGGUCUUUUGCCUCUCCUUCUGGAACUAAUUUUCGUGAAAUCAGAACGGAGACUUUCUUGUGACCAGCUCAGAUUUGUGGAGCAAGGCCUUGCCUGUGUUUUGGAUUUGUCAGCUCUCGGUGGGUUCGAGCCAUUGAACAUGCUCAAGGAGGGACCGAGGUUAGCAUCCUUCCAGGAUUUAUUUGAGCAAGGAAAUAAUCCCGUUAAGGUUUUGAUGUGUAAAUUGGUUGAGAUGAUAGCACUGUCUUCGGAAACGAACCAUCUCUGCUGUAUCCUCGGAGAAUCCCUUGAAAUCUUGCAUGAAAUAACUCUUCUUCUUCACGGGGAUGAUGAAGAGGUUUCCAGUGCAGCGAUCAUGGCCAUACAGGGACUAUCAUCCUCCGAACCAAACCGAGAGAAUUUAGUGAAGGAAGGUGCAGUCGAAGGGAUCAUCGAGUACAUUCUGAGAGCUGAGAAAGAGAUGCGAUCUAGUGGCUGGACUGCACUGGCAGGAUCCACGCUGGAGCGGCUUCUCAAAGUCGAGGAAGGGAAGGAGGCUCUACUGAAUCACGCACAAGGGGUUGUCACCCUUGUGAGGAAUGUCUUUAGGGUAUCAUCGGAUCAGGAGAGCAGCGAGAGCGCAGUGAAUUCGCUUAUGAUCAUGUGCUCUGGUGAUUAUUCAUCCCGAGCGAGGGACGAGGCAAUUGAUGCCGGAGUCUUGUCUCAGGUGCUGCUGCUUCUACAGAGCCAGUGCAGUUCUAGGACCAAAACAAAGGCUAGGAUGCUCCUCCAUUUGCUUAGAUCCUAAAUCAUUGUACAUUCUGUGCAGCAUCUUAAAAGGAUCUUGUUGAUUGGCUGCUUCAAGGGUUGAAGUAUAUGUACAGAACAUUGGAUGUCUCUGAUGGGUCUUGUCAUUUUAAAUCUGGAUGGAUAUGAUGUUACAUAUUGUUGCCUUCA